AAUUUUCUUUAUUUUGUUUUCAGAGAAACUUGCUAGAUUAUUGUACGUCUUUUUGCCUGUCACCUUCUCAACCAUGACGACUAUGUUGGCUUUCAUAGUAGCAGUGGUUGCGCUGCUGGGUGUCUCAACAGGGCUCGCUGUGCCAGAAAUGAAGAGUGCUCUUGUACCGCAGCCUCAACCGCUUGACGACAGCCGGGCAGACGUGAAGCUUGUUUCAAUUCCCAUGUGCCCCCUGGUAACAGGCAUCCAGCUAGACGUAAUUAAGCCAUGCAUCGCCCGGUCGUCCGGUCUCUGUAUGGAUGACAUGGAUUGUGAUGGUGAACAGGUUUGCUGUCCUGCGGACGACUGCGGCAACAAGCAGUGCGUUAAGAAGAAGAAACUGACGCCACCAUCGCAUGGAUGAAAGUGAAUUGGACAUGU